AUGAGACAGAAAUGGUUUCUAGCUCACAGCAAGACUUGCUACAGAAUUGGUGUUAAGGCUAUCAUUUCUCUUACAGCUUCAGGCCAAUCUGCCGUUAAGAUUGCUAGAAACCGUCCAGAAUGUGAUAUCUUAGCUGUUACACAUACAGACCAGAUCGCUAGAGUUCUUACAAUGGUUUGGGGUGUUACACCAGUCCUUCUUAUCAAGGCUGAUCGCUUGAACUUGAUGCUUGCAAGCACAAUCAAGGGACUUCUUCAGAAUAAGUCAAUCGCCGAUAAUCAUACAUACAUUAUGACUGCUGGUUAUCCAACAGGUUUCGUUGGCAGCCUUAACUACGUUAGAAUUCUUAGAAAGGAGCAGAUCGAGUACUAUUCUAAUGUUCAGAAUAAGGAUCUCAAGUAA